GUACAGUGUGUAGCGGAUUCUUACAUGAGUAGGUACAGUUCGUACAACUGUUUCAGUCUGUCUCGAAACGUUACGCAUUUCAGUUUCGUCGACUUUAGGUAACGGUCGCCAGGCGUGUAUUGUACACUCGAACAUAAAAUGGCAAGGUCGUUGAGUCCUCUUCAAAUAUCGCAGCUAAGGGAUUCGUGGUCAGUGCUUGCACAGGACCCGAGCCGGUUGGCGUCAGCAUUGGUAAUCAGGUUGUUCAAAGAAAAUCCUGAGUAUCAAUCAUUAUUCAAAAGGCUUAAGAACUUAUCGAUAGAUGAACUUGCGUCCAAUCCUCAGUUUAUGUCACAUGCAUCGAAAGUAGGUGCAGCAUUAGCGUCAACUAUCGAUCACCUUGAUAAACCUGAAGAAUUAGAAAAAUUACUCACUAAUCUUGGAAUUAAACAUAAAAAAUAUGGACUUUCAGCGAAACAUUUUCAGGUUAUUGGAGACGUGUUGGUUGCUAUGAUAGCAGAAGCAAUCGGUGACAGUGAACCAGAAUUAUUAGAAUUGUGGAAGUCCAGUUUAACUUCAGUACUGAGUAUUAUAAUUGCAGCAUGCCAUUGAAUUCAAAAUGGAGUACCAACUAAAGCAACAAUUCAGAACUCUAAUGCAAUUAGGAACUUUCUUCAGGACCUUGCUACAGAUAUAAGUCCUACUAGUAUACUUACAUUUUUUUGCUAGCCAUAUAGAGUGAAAAAUUGGGCCAUGACUUGGUACGUUUUUCAAUUUUUGAAUUACCAUUUUAUCACUAUAUAAAAACAUCAAUAAAAUAGAUAAUGUUUAGGUACUUACAGAUGAAGAAGAGCUUCUUUUAUUUAGGGC